AAUUUGAAUUGAACUGAAAGUGUCAAAAGGAAAAUGAGCUAGAAAAUAUCAAAUUUUGUGUGAAUUUCAACAAUGUGGUGUUUCACUUUGUUGUGGUGGCUGAUGUUUUUGCUGCCAUUUGCAGUAGAUGCGUAUAAAUAUCAGAAAUUCGUGCUGCCCAAACGUUGCGAAUACUUGAAGGACAGCAAACAGAUUAUGUAUCAAAAGUGUAAAGGAAAAUUCCCACUUGUUGCGUACACAAAGUUUCGUGACACAUUCAUGAAGCAGGACGAUCGCAUGGCCCUCUUUAUGCCCAAGUCGUUGGAGUAUGUCAUGGUUGCCCUCAAGGAAUCGGAGUUGCAUAAUUGUGCCAGCAUUCGACUGGUCGAGCUGAAGGAAUACAUUUGCUACGAUGAGGAUGGGGGCAAGCGAACCGUUAAAUUUAAAUACGUUCGCAUGUAUUGCUUUCCCUUUCACAUUCAAAUCACCGAUGAUCUGACCCACGAGUGUAUUGCCGAUCGAGAUGGCAUCUCCAAUUCGCAAUUGGAGCAACAAAUGCUGGAGACGAACCGGGGCAUUAUUCACUAUGUCUUUGACAAUGAUUUGACAACACGAUUGCAGCCAUUGCCACGAAUAAUAAUAAUUAUUACGACGCUCUUUCCGCUAGCGAAUGCAGCUCGUCAGUGGUAGCGAGUAACGAGUAACAGCUCAUUAGUUGGCUCAUAUUUUAUACGUCAUUGUUUUUAAUUACAAGUAAGCGGGUAAAAUUAUUCAUAUUGUCUUUUACCAAUAUUAAAAUCUAUCAAGUUCGAGUUGUAACUAGUAAUAUAGUGGCGAGUGGCGAAAUUGCAUUUCAUUCAAAUUUUCUUAAUAAAAAG